AGGUGAACAAAUACACGAUUGCGAUCAAAACCCUUCGAUUUCGUGUUAGAUACAUUUUCACAAUAAUUUGCACAACGAGAAGUAAUAAAUUUUCAUCACCUCCAUAGUCGAAGUUUCGACACCAGAAACGCCUCUUAAGGAUAGAGAACGAGAAGAAGUCAAGGGAAGAAAGAAGAAGAAGUAUUUGCGUGCAAUAAAUAUAAAUGGAAAACUCAAUUCGAUUCUUCAUUCGAUAUUUCAAUCACCGCCCGGAUUUUGUCUAAUUCGAACAGGCGAAUCAACGAAAAAAGCUUCCUUUUAUGGAUGAGCUUAUGGAUCCCAUGUCAUACAUUUUUAAUCUAACAGAUGCGAAAAACACGAUCAACGCUUUCAAUAACAACAACUUGAACUUUUCUGAAGAGUCAUUCAACGUCAAUCUGAUUUCAUCGACUUCACAGUCCACCACGACGCUACUGUCGAGUGUUUUUCUUGCUAACCUCACGAAAUAUUCAACAGGCACCAUUGCACCCUAUCCAUCUCUGGCUGAAAUCACGCUGUCAUCAUCAUCAUUCUCAUCACCAUCGACACUCGUUACUCAAUUCGAUGAUGAUGAGAUUGAUGAUGAGACGACAAAGCAGAUAACAAUCCAAACGAUUCUAAUCAGUAUUAUCCUGUUAGCUGUAAUUUUAGGCACAAUAAUCGGUAAUAUAUUGGUAUGCGUAGCUGUGUGUUUAGUUCGUAAAUUAAGAAGACCAUGUAAUUAUUUGUUAGUAUCAUUAGCUGUAUCGGAUUUAUGUGUCGCUGUGCUAGUCAUGCCCACGGCGCUACUGUAUGAAGUUCUCGAAGAAUGGCGCUUCGGUACAUUAUUUUGUGAUAUUUGGGUAAGCUUCGAUGUCUUGUCGUGCACGGCAUCGAUCCUUAAUUUGUGUGCAAUAUCUGUCGACAGAUAUUGGGCCAUCACAAAACCAUUAGAAUAUGGAGUUAAGAGAACACCGCGUCGAAUGAUGUUGUGUGUAGCGUUGGUAUGGCUAGGAGCUGCUUGUAUUUCCCUCCCACCUUUAUUAAUUCUAGGCAAUGAACAUAUAGUAGAUGGGCGACCAGCAUGCAUGGUGUGUCAGAAUUUCGCUUAUCAAAUUUACGCGACACUCGGUUCGUUUUAUAUUCCUUUAGCAGUCAUGCUGUUUGUCUAUUAUCAAAUCUUUCGUGCAGCUAGACGGAUAGUUAUGGACGAAAAGCGUGCUCAGACAAGACUUGAAGGUGCACUUAAUAAUGGUGUACCUCAACAGACACAAGAAAAGCCAAUCAAUGCAAUAGGUUCGCCCCACCAAAAAAAAUUACGCUUUCAAUUAGCCAAAGAAAGAAAAGCGUCAACAACAUUAGGCAUCAUCAUGUCAGCUUUCACUGUGUGUUGGCUUCCGUUUUUCAUUUUAGCACUUGUAAAACCAAUCACAGGAGCAGAAUAUCAUACACUUUCAUCAAUUUUCCUUUGGCUAGGAUAUGCGAAUAGUCUUUUAAAUCCAAUAAUUUAUGCAACGCUCAAUCGCGACUUUCGCAAACCUUUUCAAGAGAUUCUUUAUUUCCGUUGCUCAAGUCUGAAUAUUAUGAUGCGAGAAGACUUCUAUCACAGUCAAUACGGUGAUCCACAUUCGCAACGUGUUGUAGUAAAUACCGAAAUAACACAGCACACAAAUCAAGGCGCGCGUGAAAGCUUUCUCUGA